AUGGCUGAGGAGAGACUUAGGAUGUUUACGUGUAUGGAUGUUUUAUCUUAUUAUGUGUAAGUAUACCAUUUGCAUGCCUAAUGCCCACAGAAGCCAAAAGAGGGCACCGAAUCCACCGGAACUGGAACUACAGACUUAGAACUCAGGUGCCUGCAUCCAUUGAGUCUCAAAAACCCAGGCCAAGAAAAGCUCCAGAGUUUCCGAUUGUGGAAAAACAGAACUGGCUGAUCCAUCUUCACUAUAUUCGGAAGGAUUAUGAAGCGUGCAAGGCUGUGAUAAAAGAACAGCUUCAGGAGACUCAGGGCUUAUGUGAAUAUGCUAUCUAUGUCCAAGCACUGAUUUUCCGCCUGGAAGGAAAUAUCCAAGAAUCCCUAGAACUCUUUCAGACGUGUGCUGUUCUCAGCCCUCAGUGUGCUGAUAAUCUCAAGCAGGUGGCCAGAUCUUUAUUUCUCCUGGGAAAACAUAAAGCCGCCACUGAAGUAUAUAAUGAAGCAGCUAAACUUAACCAGAAAGAUUGGGAGAUCUGCCAUAACCUGGGAGUGUGUUACACUUACCUAAAGCAGUUCGACAAGGCACGAGACCAAUUGCACAGCGCCCUCCAGCUCAACAAGCAUGACCUGACUUACAUGAUGCUGGGGAAGAUCCACCUACUACAGGGAGACUUGGAGAAAGCCAUCGAGACCUACAAGAAAGCAGUGGAGUUCUCGCCAGAAAAUACAGACCUUCUGACAACCUUAGGAUUACUCUACUUACAGCUUGGUGUUUACCAGAAGGCAUUUGAACAUCUUGGGAAUGCACUGACUUAUGACCCUGCCAACUACAAGGCCAUCUUGGCAGCAGGCAGCAUGAUGCAGACCCAUGGGGACUUUGAUGUUGCCCUUACCAAAUACAGAGUUGUAGCUUGUGCUUUUCCAGAAAGUCCUCCACUUUGGAAUAACAUUGGAAUGUGUUUCUUCGGCAAGAAGAAAUACGUGGCAGCGAUCAGCUGUCUAAAACGAGCCAAUUAUUUGGCUCCCUUCGAUUGGAAGAUUCUGUACAAUCUGGGCCUUGUCCAUUUGACUAUGCAGCAGUAUGCAUCAGCAUUCCAUUUCCUCAGUGCAGCCAUCAACUUCCAGCCAAAGAUGGGGGAACUCUACAUGCUUUUGGCUGUGGCUCUGACCAACCUGGAAGAUACAGAAAAUGCCAAAAGAGCUUAUGCCGAAGCUGUUCGUCUGGAUAAGUGUAACCCUUUAGUAAACCUGAACUAUGCUGUGCUGCUGUAUAACCAGGGUGAGAAGAAGGGUGCCCUGGCCCAGUACCAGGAGAUGGAGAAGAAGGUCAGCUUUCUCAAGGACAACAGUCCUUUGGAAUUUGACUCUGAGAUGGUAGAGAUGGCUCAGAAGUUGGGAGCUGCCCUCCAGGUUGGGGAGGCACUGGUCUGGACCAAGCCAGUCAAAGAUCCCAAGUCAAAGCAACGGACCAAUUCAGCGAGCAAAUCUGCUGCUCCCCCACAGCCUCUGGGCUCCAAUCAAGCUCUAGGACAGGCGAUGUCUUCAGCAGCUGCCUACAGGAAGCUCCCUUCAGGUGCUGUAGGAGCCCAGCUCACAAAGCCACCAUCAUUGCCAUUGGAGCCAGAGCCCGAGCCCACUGUGGAAACAAGUCCAAAAGAAGCAUCAGAACAAAAGAAAGAAAAAUAGCAACAUACGUGAAAAAAACAGGAUGACCCUGGAGUAGGGGGUCUCUUAGGUGAGACCAUAUAGAAGGUGGUCAUAUGACCAGGCAGAUGGAAGCCAACACUCUUCGUCCUGGGUUGGCACUGCAGAAUUAAAACAGAGCCCAGGGUGUGUUGGAUCAGGAGGAGUCUAAGGCUCAUGCAACCCUUUGCUGGCCCCAUCAUCCAGGAACGAGAGAGAAGACAUGCUAGAUAGACUUGAGGUCUUACGUGUAUAGCUCCAAGAGUCAGCAAGGCAAAUGAUCAAAGACCAUCACUCAGUGAGGGACUGUUAUCUUGAUAAAGGAAAAGGGUCCUUUCCUUAAUAGCCUGUGGUGAUGAAACCCUAUUCUAACUGAACUGUGGGAACACAUCAGUCCCCACUGUAAACACAAACCUUAGAUUAAGAACCUAGUUAAGCCAGGCACAGUGGUGAAUGCCUGUAAUCCUAGCUGGGAGGCAGAAGCAGGCAGAUCUCUGAGUUUGAGGCCAGCCUGAUCUACAAAGUGAGUCCAGGACAGCCAGGGCUACACAGAGAAACGCUGUCUCGAAAAAAACAAAAACAAAAACAAAACAAAACAACCACAAAAAAACAAACAAAAAAAAGGACCUAGUUAAAUAGGGUUGUCCCCCCCGACCCCCAACACUUCUUUUAGAUUAAGUUGAGACCCAGACAGGAAUGUGUCCAAAGAGAAUCUAAAACAAGUCCUCAUCUCCAGAGGUCAGAGUCUAGAGUCAUAUCAUGUCAGAAUAAGUGGUAGGAGUCAAGGGCUGGUCUGAAAUCUGCACCAAGGAUUUAAGAAGGUGUGGGUAGAAUGACUGAGGACAUACCUCAGUGUUAGAGCGCUUGCUUGGCAUGCACAAGGCCCUGAGUUCAAUCCCCAGUACUGUUAAAAAAAAGAGCUUUUAGCAAGGGAAUUUUAACCAAGAUAAUCAAUGAUGAAUGCUAACAGAUGCUCUCAUGGCCCAUUAGCAGCCUUUGUAAAGAUUAUGGAUCACUAAAAGGUCACAUUAAAAGAUUUAAAAAAAAAAAAAGUAUCACUGUC